AUGCUUAAUGAAAAGAAACAUUUACCCAAUGGGUUUUAUAGCAUAUAUGGAAAUCCUGAAUGCGGGAAUAAGCUGGCUAAUCGAACACGAACGCCUUGGCGUGUAUAUUGCGAUUUUAACUCCGAGCCAGGAUAUGUAUGGACGCUGAUUGAGUCUUUCGCUCUGAAUUGGAAAAGUCUGGUCACUCGUGGGUUCUCAUAUAACCAACACUUUCCUACGGUACCAGAGUAUUCUCAUUGGCAACUGUAUCGAUUGCAAUUAGAUCAAAUGAAGCAACUAGUCCAAAUAGAUCAUAGUCUUACCUGUAAAUCUAUGUGGCGAGCGACUUGUAACUUUAAUUCACGAACCCUUCCAUAUUCAAGCAAGCCGGUAGAUUACAUGCGCAGUUAUUUCAACAGAACAGAUAUUUUAAGUGAAGGAUAUUUGGGGUGUUCUUAUAUGGAUUACCUUAAUAUUCGCGGAUACUGGAUUGAGAAAAGAUCUGUACUUCUAAUUGGCGAUCGAAACCGUCAUACACAUUUGCGAGGGACAAAAUCAUGCCAAUACAACGAUUACUUUCCAGAAACUACUGUAGGCGAAACGAAUUUUGGUCUAUACAACAACAUUAAUACAAAAUUUACUUGUACUUCUCAUUUAAAUGAUACUACUAAUUGGUGGAUUGGUGGAAAAGUAGAUGAUAUGCUAUAA